GGGAACCCUCGACUCGGAGCCCUAAGCCGUUCACCGGUGAAGCCCCAGCCAAUCGGGGCGUUAAGCAGUCUAGACCUUGGCAUUUGGGCUUCUUUCACUCGUUGGUUCAGGCACGAGGCCGCUUUGGGAAUGGUUUGAUUAAGCGCGCGCAAGGGGCGCUUGUUUGGGGGGGAGAAUUAACACCGGAGAACCUCCUUUUUGUGGUUGUCUUGAAAGUCCGGGGAACUCGUUCUUGUCAUUAGCACGGUUUCGGCUGCUGUACCUUUUGCUGCCCUGCUGCAGCCUUGUUUAUUGUUGUGUUUGUUGUGAAAUUUCAAUAUUACUCUGAGAGUAUAUUCUUUUCUUCUUUCUCUUUAUUUUUUGUUCGCCUUGUUGCCCGACCUUCGACCAGCCCCGUGCGCCUCACUGCUGUACAGUUGUCAAAUAAACCCCCCCCCCGCCGUCGCUGUUUGUGGCCCUGCCAAUCUUUAAUAUCCGCCUCUUCAUGUCCCUCGCGCCUAAAUCUCCGCAGUAUUCUUUCAUUUGACGCACGCACUAGGCCUUUGCGACCUUCCAUUCUUUAUCAGGACCUUGGAGAGCGUCAAGUUAUUUCCUCCCGUUUCAUUUGACCCCAGUCUUCACGACUUAAAUGAAUCGCUCGUUGGCUCUGUUCUCCGCGCCGCUUCACUUUCAUCCUUAAGUCGACAGUGAAAACUCACACAAUAUGACGCGCCCCCGAAUUGUUCGCGCUGAUACUCUUGAUCUUCAAGACCAGCAUGCACCCUCGGCUAAAGAUCAUUCGAAACAGAAUAUUAUCGUAGGCAACGGCUUUGGGCCCCACCAGGAGCAAUCCAUUCGGCAUGCCGAUCAAGAUACGAGAGAAGAAGUGAUGCAUGGGCCCGGGACCGAAGAAAAUCACCUAGCCGCCGAUGAAUAUCGCGAUGGCAUCGAUAUAUAUGACGACGACGAUGAUUUGGACGACGACCUAGGGCAUAGUCAGCACGUUGGAGGCUCAGAAGAUGGUGACUUAGCAGACGGAGAAGGUGACGAUGAUUUGUUGGAUGAUGAUCUUAUGGAUAAAAUCUCGAGCUCCCCAUCUAUCGACGACGAGGAUAUCGACUUCGAGUUUGUUUAUGCGCUUCACAACUUCGUGGCAACUGUUGAUGGACAAGCCAACGCGGCAAAGGGUGACACCAUGGUCCUUCUGGACGACAGUAACAGCUACUGGUGGCUUGUUCGCAUCGUCAAAGACGGCAGUAUUGGGUAUCUGCCUGCUGAGCACAUUGAGACGCCAACCGAAAGAUUGGCAAGAUUAAAUAAACACAGAAAUGUCGAUCUUUCCGCGACCAUGCUAGGAGACAACUCGGAAAAGUCUAAGAAUCCGCUGAAGAAAGCAAUGCGCCGUAGGAACGCGAAGACCGUAACCUUUACGAGCCCAACCUACAUUGAAGCAUCUGACAUAGAGUUUUCGACGGAUGACGAACUGGACGAUGUUGCUUCUUUGACCGAUACGGAUGGAUUGCAAGGGGAUGUUGACGACUUGCAAGAGAGUGAGCAUGAGGAUAUUGUUGUCGAGCCUCUGAGACCGAAGCCGCAAAGAGACAAAGCAAGCGAGGAUUUGGAAACAGUGCACGAAGUCAAAGAAUCUGAUCGGGCCAGCCCCGAGAAACAACGAUCUAGUGUGGAGUUGUUGGAGUCUGAAGCAGAAACAGCUGUCAGCCGGUCAAGAAACGGGACUGUGCGUAACACAGACUCAUUCUUCAAGGAUGACACCGUUGAGACGAAGAAGAUCUCCCUUACACCAAACCUCCUCCGCGACGAGGUUGGAAGUAGUAGCGUUGCAAAUGAAGCAAGAGAGGUAGGAUACACUCCCAUCAGCUCUGCAAUUGGAGGGGUUGCUGACAAUGUAUCAAAUCGCAAGACCCGUGGGAGCAUGGAGGCUGUCGAGAAAGCUCUCAGCGCAUAUGAUAAGAACAAGGACGACAAGAAGCGCAAAGACAAAAAACCAGGGAUGCUCAGCGGCUUAUUCAAGAGAAAGGACAAAAAGACUAAGGCAACCGAAGAAGAGACCGAUGAGGCAGAAAAGGUUUCGGGUGAAUUGUCUCGAUCUUCGCCACAACCCAAGACAUCAUCAGAAUCUGUAUCGUCUCCGGAGUCCAAAUCUCCUAACCCUCUCGCGGUACAGAAACAGGCCAGCAAACUGCAAAAGCAGUCUCCGGUUGUCCAGGCUCCUUCAAGGAAUGGUGUGGAGCAGGAACGGGCGGCACAGAGAUCACUGGAGGCUAAUGAUGAUGUGAACGUUGUGCAGAGCCAGAGGAACGAGCAAACGAUACGCCAAGUAGCGUCCGAGGACGAUAUUACACAGUCCCCUGUCUCAACUAAUCCUCAGCAAGACCAAUCGUUGUCCUCUCCCAUUCGGACAUCAAGCCCUCUGAAGAAACUCAACACUGCACAGCCAACUUCGGGAGGUACGGUAGCAUCUCCUACCGGGCCUCAAUAUUCUCAACACUCUGUUACCUCUCCACCGCAGAAUUUUCCUCCAAGGCAGGAUGUGGGAUACCAAGGCCUCCGUGGAGACUCCCCGGUGGAAGUUUCUCCAGUGGAUAUCUCCCCAGUGGAAGACCCAUCUUCACCGGGUGCACCGGGAAUGACGAUGGAUCCAUCAUCACCUGGAGGCUUCUCCGUCUCCCCGGUAUCCCCGCCUUUGUCUCCAGCUGUCGAGAGCAAUGGUAGCAGGAAUCUUGAUGCAGAUAGAACGUCGUUCGACGUAGGGUCGACCGAUACGCCUACAUGGAGCGAUGCUAGCCUGCGAUCCUAUCUCGACGAUGAAAGCGAUAUCCGCGAUCUGUUCAUCAUCGUCCACGAUAACUCUAAUGUUCCCCCUGCUGGCCCUGAUCACCCAAUUACUGGUAGCCUGUUUAAGGAGGAGAGCAAGCGACUGAAGGAAAUGAACAGUCAGUUGGAUUCGAUGCUAUCUGAAUGGGUAGGCCGAAAGAUGCGGAAGUCCAUAAGCCAAUGAUCGUGUCGCUGGGCCUUAACAGACGUUUCUCGCUUAAACGUCUAGUCAUUAUGAAAGUUCUAUGUUUGCCAGGAGCUAACAAUGUGCUGGACACAUGACUCUGGUUGGGCCAUAUUAUCCCAUUAUUCUCUGUGUUUUCCAGGUUAUUUACACGAUCUUGUGUUCUACUUGUCUGGUCUCUGAAGCGCUCAAUGCGCGGCAGUGCAGGACUACAUAUGGAAGACCUAGAAUUUUUGUCUCUAGACUACAGAGGUCUGUUUUUAUCUUCGGGCUCUGCUCCCUUAUUUGCGAUACCGCCAGCCGAGGGUCUCGUCUUUAUUUUCCUUUGUGUGUUUUUCAAGCUCUCUUUCCUAUGUCUAGCGAUUCUGUUUCCCACAUAACAAAGCCUAUGGGAUACCCCAAGUCACACACAUCUUCUGUCGACUACAUAUUUUUUCUUUGCCUGUGAUUUGAUACUAUAACUAGCGAAUAUUACGAAGAUAUGUUCAUUUUUGAAAUUGGUACGAAGUAGGCCGUACAUCAAUCCCCGCCAGUACUGAGCGCCGCCGCCAA